UAAAUAUUGUUGCAACUCAGCAUCAUCAGCAGCCUCUCUCUGAUAAGUAAACGAAGUAUAGUUGCAACUCAGCAUCAUCGACAUUUUCGUUAAUUAUCGAGAAGAUGCCUACAGUGAGUGUUGGAAGAGACCUUCUUUUCCAAGCCCUUGGACGCUCUUACACACAAGAUGAAUUUGAUGAGUUAUGUUUUGAAUUCGGAAUUGAGCUUGAUGAUGUGACAACUGAGAAAGCCAUCAUUAGAAAAGAGAAACACCUCAAAGAAGACGAUGAAAUCGCUGCUAACGAUGAAAUUAUUUACAAAAUUGACGUUCCCGCUAAUCGAUAUGAUUUGCUAUGUCUUGAGGGACUUGUUCAGUCCCUGCGCAUUUUUUGUGGAGUAGAUGCUGUUCCUAAUUAUACACUUGCUGCUGUUAGUAAAGAGUCGAUGCUUAAAAUGCAUGUAAAACCUGAGACAUCUAUGAUACGCCCGUAUGUAGUUUGUGCUGUUUUGAGAGGCAUAACUUUUAAUGAGGCGAGAUACAACAGCUUUAUUGAUCUCCAAGAUAAGCUUCAUCAGAAUAUAUGCCGGCGAAGAACUCUGGUUGCUAUUGGAACACAUGAUUUAGACACAAUAGAAGGCCCAUUCACAUAUGAGGCUUUGCCACCAUCAGACAUAGAGUUUAAGCCAUUAAAACAGGUGGAAACUUUCAGAGCUGAUAAGCUGAUGGAGUUUUACAAGUCAGAUUUGAAACUGAAGAAGUACUUGGACAUAAUUGAGGGCUCACCAGUUUUUCCUGUUAUAUAUGACCGGAACAGAACUGUAUUGUCUCUGCCUCCGAUAAUUAAUGGAGCACACUCAGCGAUUUCUUUGAAGACCAAGAAUGUGUUCAUUGAAUGCACAGCCACUGAUUUGACAAAGGCUAAGAUUGUUUUGAACACAAUGGUGACUAUGUUUUCUGUAUAUUGUGAACGGAAGUUUGAGGUUGAGCCAGUGGAAGUCACAUAUCCUGAUGGAAAAUCCUAUCUUUGCCCUGAACUAUCACCCUACUACAUGAAGGUGUCUCUGUCAUACAUAAAUGAAAUAGCUGGGCUUUCUUUGGAGGCAGAUAAGGUUGCUGGAUUAUUGAACAAAAUGCAAUUAUAUGCAGAGCCUUCCGUCUCAGAGGAUAAUGAAUGCAUUUUCACUGUGUCUGUUCCCCCAACCAGAAGUGAUGUGCUUCAUGCAUGUGAUGUAGCAGAGGACGUGGCCAUAGCAUAUGGCUUCAAUAAAAUUCCGCAGCACACACCUACAUCUAUAAAGCCCUUGCCUCUGAAUCAGUUCAGCGAUCUUAUCAGAGCAGAGGUCGCGCAGACUGGUUACACAGAGGUGUUAACAUGGAUACUAUGCUCCUACAAAGAAAAUUUUCAGAUGCUGAACCGUACUGAUGAUAAGUCCACUGCAGUUAUCAUUGGGAAUCCCCGCUCUGCAGACUUUGAGGUCGUGCGAAGCAGUCUCAUGGCCGGCAUAUUGAAAACUGUUGCACACAAUAAAGAUCAUCCGAAACCUAUCAAGAUAUUUGAAGUAGGUGAUGUAGCAGUAUUGAAUGAGUCAAAAGAUGUUGGUGCCGCUAAUCGUCGCCAACUGGCAGCCUUAUAUUGUGGUGCAACUUCAGGUUUUGAGCUGAUACAUGGCCUGGUGGACAGAAUCAUGGAGGUAACUGGCGCUCCAUUUGUACAUGGUGACAAAACUGGUUACUAUAUUGAGCGUUCAGAUGAGCCUGAGUUUCUAUCGGGAAGACAAGCUAGCAUCAUUUACAAAGGAAAACACAUAGGAACUUUCGGCAUUGUUCACCCACAGGUACUGGAAAACUUUGGCAUACCUGAUCCAUGCUCAUUCAUGGAGCUCAACAUUGAGAGCCUGCUAUGAUCUUAAAUUCAUCUCGCCUUUUGCUCGCAUCUUAUUUAUUGAGUCAUAUUUAGCAACGGUUAUUGACCUUAGCAAGGAACAUAUAAAAAUUUGUUCAAAUUGUUAGUUGAUGAAAUAUCGUUUCUGUUGAAACUUUUUACUAUUUGUCAAUCUGCUCAUUCUGAAUAUAGUUACUUUUGAGUAAA